AUGCAGAAGGCGCUAACAAUCCCCGCCUGCGGGGCUGUCCGGAGCAGUCAGUGCGACCGCGUCGGAGGAGCCCUCCUCCCGCGCGGGUGCCCCGGGCGUGCCCUCCGCCCCUGGCGACGUGGGAACGGGCGGCUCGGGCGCGGGCUCCGCCCUCCGUCCCCUCCCGGCCCGGCCCGCUCGGCCUCGGCGGCGGCGGCGGCGGCGCGCGCGAAGACACUGGAGAGCAGUGUCCUGGGGCUGGGCCAGGAGAAGGGCCUGAGCGUGCAGGACCCAGCCCAGGAGUGUCAGCUUGCCUGCCUGCCUGCCCGCAUCAGGGAGAUUGUCACCCGCAACUUCUCCCAGCCUGAGAGCCCAGCCCCUCUGCCGACCCCAGAGAUGGCAUCGAUGCUGUCGCUGCAGGAGGAGAACCAGCUGCUGCAGCAGGAGCUGUCCCGCGUGGAGGACCUGCUGGCCCAGAGCCGGGCCGAGCGUGAUGAGCUGGCCAUCAAGUACAAUGCAGUCAGCGAGAGGCUGGAGCAGGCUGUGCGGCUGGAGUCCGGGGAGCUGGAAACGCAGGAGCCCAGGGGGCUGGCGCGGCAGAGCGUGGAGCUGCGCAGGCAGCUGCAGGAGGAGCAGGCCUCCUACCGGCGCAAGCUGCAGGCCUACCAGGAGGGCCAGCAGAGGCAGGCCCAGCUUGUGCAGCGGCUGCAGGUCAAGAUUCUCCAGUACAAGAAGAAGUGCUCGGAGAUGGAGCAGCAGCUUCUGGAGAGAUCCACGGAGCUGGAGCAGCAGCGGCUGAGGGACACAGAGCACAGCCAGGACCUGGAGAGCGCCCUCAUCCGCCUGGAGGAGGAGCAGCAGAGGAGCGCCAGCCUGGCCCAGGUGAACGCUAUGCUCCGAGAGCAGCUGGACCAGGCGAGCUCGGCCAACCAGGCUCUGAGUGAAGACAUCCGCAAGGUGACCAGCGACUGGACUCAGAGCCGCAAGGAGCUGGAGCAGCGGGAGGCAGCAUGGAGGCGCGAGGAGGAGUCCUUCAACACCUACUUCAGCAGCGAGCACAGCCGCCUGCUCCUCCUCUGGAGGCAGGUGGUGGGACUCCGACAGCUGGUCAGCGAGGUGAAGAUGUCCACUGAGAGGGACCUGCUGCAGCUGGGAGGGGAGCUGGCCCGGACCUCACGAGCCGUCCAGGAGGCAGGCCUGGGGCUGAGUGCAGGCCUGCGGCUGGCCGAGAGCCGGGCUGAGGCGGCCCUGGAGAAGCAGGCGCUGCUGCAGGCCCAGCUGGAGGAGCAGCUGCGGGACAAGGUGCUCCAGGAGAAGGAGCUGGCCCAGCUGCAGGUGCAGAGCAGCCUGGACAAGGCUGACCUCAGUGCCAGGGUGAAGGAGCUGGCCUUGACAGUGGAGCGCCUUCAGAACCAGAAUCUGGAGAAGGAUCGGGUCAACAAGGCCCUCACCGAGAAGCUGGAGGCCCUGCAGCCCUGUAGCGUGAUCCCCAUUAUACAGAUGAGGAAACCGAGGCCCAAGGGGAAAUGCUUGUGCAGUGUCUCAGAACCAGAGUCCCUGCGGCUCCAGGAGCAGGCAGCCCUGGAGACAGAGGAUGGAGAGGGGCUGCAGCAGACCCUGAGGGACCUGGCACAGGCCGUCCUGUCGGACAUGGAGAGCGGCGUCCAGCUAAGCGGCUCCGAGCACACGGCGGACGCGUCGGACGGCAGCCUGCGGGGGCUCUCGGGCCCCCGGACCCCGUCCCCGCCGCGGCGCUCCUCGCCCGGCCGCGGCCGUUCCCCCCGCCGAGGCCCGUCCCCCGCCUGCUCGGACUCCUCCACGCUCGCCCUCAUCCACUCCGCCCUGCACAAGCGCCAGCUGCAGGUCCAGGACAUGCGGGGGCGCUAUGAGGCCAGCCAGGACCUCCUGGGCACCCUGCGGAAGCAGCUUAGUGACAGCGAGAGCGAGCGCCGCGCUCUAGAGGACCAGCUGCAGCGUCUGCGGGACAAGGCCGACGGGGCCACCCAGGCCCAUGAGGACGCCCAGCGCGAGGCCCAGCGCCUGCGGAGCAACGUCGACCUCCUGAGCAGGGAGAAGGACAGCCUGGCCCACAGCCUGCAGGCGGCCCAGCAGCAGGCGGAGGAGCUGCGGCAGGAGCGGGAGAAGCUGCAGGCGACCCAGGAGGAGCUGCGGCGCCAGCGGGACCGGCUGGAGGAAGAGUGGGAGGACGCCGCGCAGGAUGGCGCGCGGACGCGCAGGGAGCUCGAGCGCAGCCAUCGACAGCUAGAGCAGCUGGAAGGGAAGCGCUCAGGGCUGGCGAAGGAGCUGGUGGAGGUGAGGGAGGCGCUGGGCUGUGCCACGUUGCAGCGGGACGUGCUGCAGGCGGAGAAGGCCGAGGUGGCCGAGGCGCUGACCAAGGCCGAGGCUGGCCGCGUGGAGCUGGAGCUCUCAAUGACCAAGCUGAGGGCCGAGGAGGCCUCCCUGCGGGACUCCUUGUCCAAGCUGAGCGCCCUCAACGAGAGCCUCGCCCAGGACAAGCUGGGUCUGAACCGCCUCGUCGCCCAGCUGGAAGAGGAGAAGGCGGCCCUGCUGGGCCGGCAGCGGCAGGUGGAGCAGGAGGCCGCCCUGGCCCGGGAGGAGCAGGAGCGGCUGGAGCAGCUGCGGCUGGAGCAGGAGGUGGAGCGGCAGGGCCUGGAGGGCUCCCUGCGGGCGGCAGAGCAGGCCCGGGAGAGCCUGGAGCACCAGCUCCCCACGCUCCGCCAGGAGCGCAGCCGGCUGCAGGAGCAGCUGGCCCAGCUCUCCCGGCAGCUGAACGGGAGGGAGCAGGAGCUGGAGCAGGCACGGCGGGAGAUGCAACGGCAGGUGGAGGCGCUGGAGCGGGCAGCCCGGGAGAAGGAGGCGCUGGCCAAGGAGCGGGCCGGCCUGGCAGUGCAGCUGGCGGCAGCUGAGCGAGAAGGGCGGACCCUGUCGGAGGAGGCCACACGCCUGCGCGUGGAGAAAGAGGCCCUGGAGAGCGGUCUGUUCGAGGUGCAGCGGCAGCUGGCCCAGCUCGAGGCCCGCCGGGAGCAGCUGGAAGCAGACGGGCAGGCCCUGCUGCUGGCCAAGGAGACCCUGACUGGGGAGCUGGCGGGCCUGCGGCUGCAGAUGACCACUGCAGAGGAGAAAGUGGCUCUGGACAAGGAGCUGAUGGCCCAGAAGCUGGUGCAGGCUGAGCGGGAAGCCCAGACCUCUCUGCGGGAGCAGCGGGCAGCCCAUGAGGAGGACUUGCAGCGACUCCAGCGAGAGAAGGAGGCGGCGUGGCGGGAGCUGGAGGUAGAGCGGGCCCAGCUGCAGAGUCAGCUGCAGCAGGAGCGGGAAGAGCUGCUGGCCCGGCUGGAGGCCGAGAAGGAAGAGCUGAGCGAGGAGAUCGCGGCCCUGCAGCAGGAGCGGGACGAGGGCCUCCUCCUGGCCGAGAGUGAGAAGCAGCAGGCCCUGUCCCUGAAGGAGUCCGAGAAGACAGCGCUGUCAGAGAAGUUGAUGGGUACCCAGCACAGCCUGGCCGCUGUCUCCCUGGAGAUGGAGCGGCAGAAGCGAGAUGCUCAGAGCCGGCAGGAGCAGGACCGGAGCACUGUGAACGCCCUGACAUCCGAGCUGCGGGACCUGCGGGCCCAGCUGGAGGAGGCCACUGCGGCCCAUGCCCAGGAGGUGAAGAGGCUGCGAGAGCAGGCCCGCGACGUGGGCCGGCAGCGGGACUCCUGCCUGCGCGAGGCAGAAGAGCUUCGGACUCAGCUGCGCCUGCUGGAGGACGCCCGCGAGGGCCUGCGGCGGGAGCUGCUGGAGGCCCAGCGCAGGGUCCGCGAGGGCCAGGAUGGGCGCGAGGCCCAGCGCCAGGAAGCGGGCGAGCUGCGGCGCAGCCUGAGCGAGGGUGCCAAGGAGCUCGAGGCCCUGCGGCGGUCCAACGAGGAGCUGCGGGCCGCAGUGAAGAAGGCUGAGAGCGAGCGCGUCAGCCUGAAGCUUGCCAACGAGGACAAAGAGCAGAAGCUGGCGCUCCUCGAGGAGGCCCGGGCGGCCGUGGGCAAGGAGGCCGGGGAGCUGCGGGCUGGGCUGCAGGAGGUGGAGCGCUCGCGGCUGGAGGCACGGAGGGAACUGCAGGAGCUGCGGCGGCAGAUGAAGAUGCUGGACAGUGAGAACGCCAGGAUGGGCCGGGAGCUGGCGGAGCUACAGGGUCGCCUGGUGCUGGGCGAGCGGGCAGAGAAGGAGGGCCGACGGGAGGCCCUGGGCCUCCGACAGAAGCUGCUGAAGGGCGAGGCCAGCCUGGAGGCCGUGCGGCAGGAGGUCCUGGGAGCCCAGCGGAAGCUGCAGGAGCAAGAGGGCGAGUUCCGGGCCCGCGAGCGAAGCCUGCUGGGCUCCCUGGAGGAGGCGCGCGGCGCCGAGAAGCAGCAGCUGGACCACGCCCGCGGGCUGGAGCUGAAGCUGGAGGCGGCGCGGGCCGAGGCCGCGGAGCUGGGGCUGCGGCUGAGCGCGGCCGAGGGCCGAGCGCAAGGGCUGGAGGCCGAGCUGGCCCGCGUGGAGGCGCAGCGGCGCGCGGCCGAGGCCCAGCUGGGCGGCCUGCGCUCGGCCCUGCGCCGGGGCCUGGGCCUCGGCCGUGCACCCAGCCCCGCCCCGCGGCCCGCGCCCGGCUCCCCGGCCCGCAGCGUGCCCGCCGGAGGAAGCGGGGAAGGGCUCAGAAGCCCGAGCCCCUUGGAACGCAGCCCUGGGGCCGAGCCACCAUCCCCAGGACCUGCCACCUCACCGGCUUCACCAGACCUGGACCCAGAGGCAGUGCGAGGGGCCCUCCGGGAAUUCCUGCAGGAGCUGCGGAGCGCCCAGAGAGAACGGGACGAGCUUCGAGUCCAGAUGAGUGCCCUGAGUCGUCAGCUGGCUGAAUUGGAGGCCCAGAGGGACAACGCCACCUCACGGGCAAGGCAGCUGCAGAAGGCUGUGGCCGAGAGUGAGGAAGCCCGGCGCAGUGUGGAUGGCCAGCUGAGCGGGGCCCAGGCAGAGUUGGCGCUGCAGGAGGAGAGCGUGCGGCGCAGCGAGCGGGAGCGCCGGGCCGCACUGGACCAGGUGGCCACCCUGGAGAGGAGCCUUCAGGCCACCGAGAGUGAGCUCCGGGCCAGUCAGGAGAAGGUCAGCAAGAUGAAGGCCAAUGAGGUGAAGCUGGAGAGCGACAAGCGGCGCCUGAAGGAGGUGCUGGACGCCUCCGAGAGCCGCACCGUCAAACUCGAGCUGCAGCGGCGCUCACUUGAGGGAGAGCUGCAGCGCAGCCGCCUGGGCCUGAGUGACCGUGAGGCCCAGGCCCAGGCCCUCCAGGACCGGGUGGACUCCCUGCAGAGACAGGUGGCAGACAGUGAGGUGAAGGCAGGGACUCUGCAGCUGACAGUGGAUCGGCUGAACGGGGCCCUGGCCAAGGUGGAGGAGAGUGAGGGGGCCCUGCGGGACAAGGUGCAGGGCCUGACAGAGGCGCUGGCCCAGAACAGCGCCAGCCUCGCCAGCGCCCAAGACAAGAACCUGCACCUGCAGAAGGCCCUGACCGCCUGCGAACAUGACCGCCAAGUGCUCCAGGAACGGCUGGAGGCCGCUCGGCAGGCGUUAUCCGAGGUGCGGAAGCAGAGCAGCUCCCUGGGCGAGCAGGUGCAGACGAUGCGGGGCGAGCUGGCGGACGUGGAGCUGCAGCGGGCGGAGGCCGAGGGUCGGCUGCAACAGCUACAGGAGGUGCUGCGACAACGGGAAGAGGGAGAGGCCAUGGCCCUGCACACGGUCCAGAAGCUGCAGGACGAGCGGCGGCUGCUGCAGGAGCGCCUGGGCAGCCUGCAGCGAGCCCUGGCUCAGCUGGAGGCCGAGAAGCGGGAGGCGGAGCGGUCAGCCCUGCGGCUAGAGAAGGACCGAAUGGCCCUCAAAAAGACGUUGGACAAGGUGGAGCGGGAGAAGCUUCGCAACCACGAGGACACAGUGCGGCUGAGUGCGGAGAAGGGGCGCCUGGACCGCACCCUCACGGGGGCCGAGCUGCAGCUGGCUGAGGCUCAGAGGCAGAUCCAGCUGCUGGAGGCCCAGGUAGUGACACUGGAGCAGGACCAGAGCCCAGCCCAGCUGGAGGCGGAUGAGCAGCAACAGCUGGAGCUGCAGCAGGAAGUGGAGCGCCUGCGCAGUGCCCAGGUGCAGACGGAGCGCACGCUGGAGGCGCGGGAGCGGGCCCACCGGCAGAGGGUGCGUGGGCUGGAGGAGCAGGUGUCCACACUGAAGGGGCAGUUGCAGCAAGAGCUUCGAAGGAGCUCAGCAUCCUUCUCUCCACCCUCCGGCCCCUCAGAGAAGUGAGCCCCUUCCCAGCUGGCAUCCUGGAAAGCAGGCCCCAGGGGACCUCCUCUCCAGCACAGUCCACCAAGAGCCUGGGCCCGGGGGGGACCUCCAGAGGUCGGCUCGGGGUGAGGAGGAACCGGGGCAGCAGUGCCGAGGGGCCAGGACUCCAUCGGAGCCGCCCGCCAUCUGUGGGCCCCACCUCGGUCCAGCUGCCCUCCCCCGGGAUGAGCCGAAGCCAGGGGUCCGGGAGACCCCUUGUUUCUGGCCAGCCCUGGAGCUGGGGCUCGUGGGAAAGAGGAGGAGUCCCCAGGCCUAGGGCAGGGGUCAGAGACCCAGUCCUCCCCUGGCUUCCCAGAGAUCUCUCCGCCUUAGUUCAGAGUCCCUGUAUUUUUAUACCUUUUUACAAUGUUAACUCUUCAGAACUGUUGUGGUUUUUGUAACAGGAAGACGCAUUUUCUAAAAACA